AUGAACUUGGUGGAGAACCUGGAAAUGGAUGGUUUACCGGCGAAGGGCUCUCCCCGGAGUUCAAUCGGAACCCGGCCUCCUCACUGGGAUCUGAUUAUCAAUGAUACGCUGCCCAACUUCUUCUAUUGUGCGGCCAAGUCAUCCUGCUCGGAAAACAAAAUAAUUGGAGUCAUCAACCCUAACUCGACGCAAACUUUCGACGUCCAAAAGGCGGAAGCAUCGAAAGCAACAUUCGAUCUAAAGCCGGGAGAGGGAUGGCCUGUAGAAGAAGGCAAACCUCCAACCCCAACCUCGACUCCUUCCUCUACUUCAGCUCUUUUAUCAGGAAGCGGUGGUAAGUCGGGGUUAAGUGCUGGUUCCAUCGCGGGCAUUGCUAUUGGCGCAGCCGCUGUGGUAGCUAUUGCAGCCGCCUUGCUCUUUUUCUGCGGGCGUAGGGGAGGGUUCAAGAAGGCCUACCGCAAGAGCGUCGUUCAGCCGUCGGCACCUGCUCCUGAUGCUGCUGCUGCGCCUCCGACCAUGGUAGAGACACAGUACCACAACCAGCACAAUCCUGCCAGCCCUGUCCCCACGCCAGCAGGCCUGAAGAGCCCCGGUCAAGCCAGCUACGCGACCUUCUCAACUCAUCCGCACAUGGACCCCAAUGACCCGUACCGAAGCAUGACGGCGAGCCCUCAGCAUCCGCCAUACCCUUAUGGGGCGCCGCCACCACCGCACAAGAACCCUUUCUCGCCGGGGCCUGUCUACGGCUUCAACACUUGCAACGGACACGCAGUGUCUGCAGCUGGCAGUCCGCCUAUUCCUGGCCCUAACUCGCCUUUGAUGGUUGGAGAACUCAGCUCGGUUCCUCACGCGCGCGGUAACGAUCCAGCUCCUGUCGAACUACCAAGCGGAGACGGUCCCUCUGUCAGGCCUCCAUCGAUGUUGCCGGGAUCGCCUCCUCCGCAGUAUGAGAGCGGCAACAACAACGGCGGCGCGCCCACACAAAAAUGGGCUGCUGGCGAGGAGAAUCAGUUUCAGAAGCGAUGA